UUGGAGGGAAAUCUAAAAUCUGAACCCCCACUACAACACAACUUCGUCGAGCUUCGGCAUUUUAAAUAAAGAAAACUUCCAUUCCUUCCCUUUUAAUCGGUCCCCUUUCGAAUUUACGAUUUCUUACAAUAAUAUCAUCUACCUUCGAGCUUGUAAGAAUUAAGGCGCAUCGAAUGCGCCUCGCGCCCAGCUUCGUCACAACUUCCUAAUAUCCAACGCUCCGAAUCCUCGUAUUCAUCGAAGCCCUUCGAGUCUUCCACCUACAUUCCACCACCAUGUCUGUUCUCCCAGCAGAUGCACAUGCAGAGCUUGCACAGCUAUUGUCUGCUUUGCAAUCUACAGACAACAAUGUUCGUUCACAAGCUGAGGAGCACUUGGGCAACAACUGGGUAGCCACCAAACCUGAAAUGUUGUUGAUGGGCUUGGUUGAGCAAAUACACGGUUCCAAUGAUAUAUCUGUAAGAUAUACCACUACUUCUUAGGAUUCCAGGUACAGGAUUAUGUCACUAAUUUCAGGUUCUUUCUAGACCCGGUCAUUUGCUGCCGUUAUAUUCCGUCGUAUAGCUUCCAAGUCGCGCAAGGCAGAUGAUAACAACUCAAUCGAAUUAUUCCUGACUAUCCCGAAGCAAGAAGCAUAUGCUAUUCGACAAAAGCUCAUAGAUGCAUUAGGCCUCGAAAAGUCGAGUCCGGUGAGAAACAAAAUUGGAGACGCGGUUGCCGAAAUAGCUAGAGAAUAUUCCGAUAAUGGUAUGAUCUUUGGGCGCAUGAUACAAGUUCUAAAUGCCUCUCUAACAUUCCACAGGUGAACAAUGGCCAGAGAUAUUGGGCGUUCUCUCUACUCUAAGCUCUUCACAGGAACCCGGACAGAGAGAGAUCGCAUACAGAAUAUUUUCUACAACCCCUGGCAUAAUUGAAAAGCAACAUGAAGAUACAGUACUAUCAGCUUUCAAAAAUGGCUUUCAAGAUGGGGAAACAGAAGUAGGUUCUCUUAAUUGUUGGAUACUAGGGCAACGACUUACCAUAUAACAAGGUCCGCUUGGCAGCCAUGGAAGCAUUCACAUCCUUUUUCUCUAGUCUCACUAAAAAGUCGCAACAAAAAUAUUAUGGCCUUAUCCCAGAAGUUCUGUCGAUCCUACCACCCUUGAAGGAAGCCUUGGACUCGGACAGCCUCAGCACAGCACUUAUUCAACUCAUGAAUCUUGCAGAAGUCGCGCCAAAGAUGUUCAAACCAUUAUUUCACAAUCUAGUCACAUUCUGCAUUCAAACGAUCCAGGACAAGGAGUUGAGCGAUAUAGUUCGCCAAAAUGCCCUCGAACUCAUGGCAACCUUCGCGGAUUAUGCUCCAGCUAUGGUGAAAAAGGAUUCAAGCUUUGUAACAGACAUGAUCACUCAAUGUUUGAGUCUCAUGACUGAUAUUGGUGAGGAUGACGAGGACGCUUCGGAGUGGAAUGCUUCUGAUGAUGUAUGAUUAUCCCCACUCACUUGCAAAACGGCGUACUGACUUGAAUAGAUGGAUCCGGAGGAGAGCGAUUUGAACCAUGUUGCUGGUGAGCAAUGCAUGGACCGCUUAGCAAACAAGCUCGGUGGGACAGUCAUCUUGGCACCUACAUUUAAUUGGCUUCCAAGAAUGAUGCUCUCCGAGGCAUGGAGAGAUAGGCACGCCGCAUUAAUGGCCAUUUCUGCGAUUUCAGAAGGCUGCAGGGACUUGAUGCUUGGGGAACUGCACAAGGUUCUGGAGCUUGUUGUUCCUGCCCUGAGCGAUCCACAUCCACGUGUGCGUUGGGCUGGUUGCAAUGCUCUGGGCCAAAUGAGUACCGAUUUUGCCGGGACUAUGCAGGAGAAGUUUCACGAAACUGUAGUACGCAGCAUCAUCCCAGUCCUCAAGAGCCCGGAGCCUCGUGUCCAAGCUCACGCGGCUGCUGCUCUUGUCAACUUUUGUGAAGAAGCAGAAAAGAAAAUCCUUGAGCCAUAUCUUGAUGAAUUAUUGACUAACUUGUUCGCUCUCCUUCAAAGCCCAAAGAGAUAUGUUCAAGAACAAGCUCUCUCUACUAUCGCCACUAUCGCCGACUCUGCAGAGGCUGCCUUUUCCAAAUACUACGACACCUUAAUGCCCAUACUUUUUAAUGUGUUAAAGGCGGAUUCGACUAAGGAGCUUCGCUUGUUACGGGCAAAGGCAAUGGAAUGUGCUACUCUUAUUGCAUUGGCGGUCGGACGAGAGAGACUGGGCAAUGACGCAACAGAGUUGGUCAAGUUAUUGGCCACAGUUCAACGAGGUAUUGUGGAUGCAGAUGAUCCACAAGCUCAAUAUCUUAUGCACUGCUGGGGACGUAUGUGUAGGGUUAUGGGUAUAGAGUUUCUUGGAUAUCUGGAAUAUGUCAUGCCUCCUCUGUUAGAGUUGGCCAGUGCUAAAGCAGAUAUUCAACUUCUUGAUGAUGAAGAAGAGGUUGAGGCCGUUCAGGCACAAGAGGGCUGGGAGCUUGUUCCACUCAAGGGUAAAGUUAUUGGCAUCAAAACUAGCACUCUUGAUGACAAGCAUAUGGCAAUUGAACUUUUGGUGGUCUACGCUCAGGUUUUGGAAGCUCAUUUCGCCCCUUACGUAGAGGGUGUCAUGGGGCAAAUUGCUUUACCAGGUCUCGCAUUCUUCUUCCAUGAUCCCGUUCGUGUUGUAUCAGCGAAGUGUGUGCCCCAACUACUCAAUUCUUACAAGAAGGCUUACGGUACCGAGUCUGCCGAGCUGAGAAUUCUUUGGGCUGCUACAAUUCCCAAGAUUUUGGAGGUUCUGAGUGCCGAACCAGCUAUUGAUACACUCGCCGAGAUGUAUCAAUGUUUCUACGAAUCGGUGGAGGUGAUGGGUAAGGAUUGCCUUCACCCGUCGCAUAUGGAGCUCUUCAUGGAUUCUGCUAUUUCUGCUUUGGAUGAUUACAAAGAACGUGUCAAGGCUAGAAUAGAGGAACGGGCUGAUGCCAAUCGCGAAGAAGGUGAUGAAGACUCGGAGGAAACGCUCUACGCAAUUGAGGACGAUCAGACUCUCCUUUCCGACAUGAACAAAGCAUUCCAUUGCAUUUUCAAGAACCAUGGUGUCGAUUUCCUGCCCUCGUGGGAGAAACUCCUUACAACUUAUUCGGCUUUCCUUUCAAGCGACGAUCCCACACAAAGACAAUGGGGUUUGUGUAUCAUUGACGACGUUCUCGAGUUCUGCGGUGAUAUGAGUUACAAAUAUAUGGAACCUCUCAUCAGGAACCCGUUGAUUGCUGGAUGUCAAGAUCCUGCACCUGCCAAUCGUCAAGCCGCUACCUAUGGAAUUGGUGUCGCAGCCCACAGGGGUGGUGCACAAUGGACUCAAUUUGUCGGCGAAGCAAUUGGGAUGUUAUUCGCGGCUACUCAAAUUCCUAACGCCAGAGGCGAUGAUGACGUUUACGCUACAGAAAAUGCUUGUGCUGCCAUUGCUAAGAUAUUGCAUUUCAACGCAUCUGGUGUUGCAAAUCAACAAGAAGUCGUCACAGUAUGGAUUGAUACUCUACCCAUUGUAAAUGAUGAAGAGGCAGCUCCAUACGCUUAUCUUUUCCUUGCGCAGCUCAUCGAACAGUAAGUCUAUCUAUAGAACUUGAAAUUGAAAUGGUCUAUCACUAACAUCACUUUAGACAAAACCCAGCAGUUACUUCUCAGCCCGCCAAGGUAUUUGUUUUCGUUGCUCAAGCUCUCGAGGCCGAAACACUACAGGGUCAAACAGCCAACAGAGUGGUUGAAGCUACCAAGAAUCUCCUUGCGGCAGCAAACUUAAAUCCCACACAUCUUCUGGCGCAACUUUCCCCUGAAACUCAAGCAACGGUUCAAGCAUACUUUGGUUGAUCUUCUCCUCGGCUUGAGGUUGAUGUUCGACUUAUAUGGGUGGUUGAAGAUAUGAAAUAAAGUUUUGAUGAUAGAAUGAUACCACAUGAGCACGUAUAUUUUCGGGGUUAUCUUUGGGAUGGUUGGGCUAGCGGGUGGUUCGGAUUUGGCUAGUCAUCAGCAUCACUCGAAGAGUUUCAUGAGUGGAUGACAUAGUAGUAACACAGGGAGCGACUGAAGCUAGCUCUUAUUUUUCUGAGGAGGGAAGUAACAAAGGAAAUGUCCAAACCAUUCCGUGUUUAAAUGGAAAGUAAAGUCUGGAUGCAGAUGGACAAUGAGAGAGCUGAGAGAAGAAAGGAUUUCUGAUAUGAGUGUGUUGAUCCAAAAAGAGGAUUAACGACGAAUUAUAAAGAUAGUUUUCGAGGAACAAAAACUUAUCAAUACUUUAUUAAUGAACUCGUGAUAUAUACCUAGUAGU